AGUACCAUUGCCAUAGAUAAACAUACAUUCUCAUGAUUGUCCUGCUUACUCCGCCGCUACAGUAGAUGGCGCUAUGCUCCUUUAGCAGUGUUUUGUCGUACUUCAAUUCAACAAAAAAAAAAGGAAAACCCGGAAAAAGCCUAUGGAAAAACAAACAACACGUCACGGUGUAUUGCUAGGCAGGGAGUGACAACAGUGGAUACACAAUGGAACUUCAGUGAGAAUUUUAAAUAAUUGUGUUAUAAUAUAUCAUCUCCACGUAGCGUCAUUCAGAGUCAAAGGCUGUGGAGAUGUUGAUACUGUGCUCGGGUCGCUAGCAUCUACAGCUACCUGUCGUUUGUGCGGGAAUGAAUCCGCUUGUUGAGGAGGAAAAUAAUAAUAACGUUGACUAAACAAAAGAAGCUGCUUCUUCCUCUGCUACUGUACACCUGCUUGUUUUUACCCUCGUACGUACAUUACCUGCAACAACUCACCCGACUGACAGCUACUAUUAUUAUGGAGUUUUCUUUAGAUAUUAACCACUUAUUCCCCGAGAGGGUCUCCAUCUUGGACCAUUCUCUUGUUGCAGAAAAUCGUAAAUCAGCAGGAAGGCCGGAUCUUUUGGUUCAUGUUGCCACAGUCAUUGAUGAAAUGGGGAGAGCCUCAGCAAAGGCUCAACAGCUCACUGCACCAAUAACAAGUGCUUCCAAACUGCAAUCCCAGAGACAUCAUCUGUACCUUUUGAAGGACAGGGAGGGCAACGGGGGUCGCGGUGUGGUCGUGGGAUUUCUGAAGGUUGGCUGCAAGAAGUUGUUUCUGCUCGACAGACAGGGUGCGCAUAUAGAGGCGGAGCCACUGUGCGUUUUGGAUUUCUACGUAGCAGAAAACGUUCAGCGACACGGCUACGGAUUGGAGCUGUUUAAUUUCAUGUUGCAGCACAAGGGUGUAGAGCCAGUGCUGAUGGCUUAUGACAGGCCUUCACCCAAGUUCCUGUCAUUUUUGGGAAAGCAUUACUGCUUGACACAAAGUGUUCCACAGGUUAAUAACUUUGUGGUGUUUGAAGGCUUCUUCCUCAACAGAACAGCUGCCCAGCUGAGAAAGACUCCCCUAAAAAAGCCAGAAGGAGACAUCAAACCCUACUCUUUAACGGAGAGAGACGUGGUACAUCAGGAGCAGAGGGUUCUUCCCUGGCCGUUUGUUCCUCAGUCGCCCCAGCGGUUGGUAUCCUCCCUGUGCUCCCGCUCCCACAGUGUGGGAUCUUCCCCCAGCAGGGCACCUCCUCGAGUCAAUCCAGUUUCUGCUCUUGGGGUCAACAGGGACCAGAGCCCGCAGUCCCCGCUCAUCGAGCGCUGCAGGGUAAGACGCACCAGCCAACAGGGUCUGGUUGCCAGAUGCAGCCUGUACAGUCGCCACUUAGACAGCAGAGGUGUUGGACUGCUGGACGGACAACUGCCAGGUCCAAUAAUGGUGGAGGAGCAGUCACAUGCACCGGGACACACAGACACUCACAGGUUGGGCGGUAGUCACACAACACAAAGAAGGUUGCCACCUCUUUUAUUCCCACCUCUGUCGUCAUCCAAGAACGAUGACACCUGCGGCGGCAGCAAGACCUCCUUGAAGAGCAGAGAGACACGUUUGCGUACAGAUCCCGAAGCCUGCGCCGCUGCCGAGGCGACGUCGAGAGGGAAGUCACACAGUCCACAGCGUUCAGCGGGUCGCACUUUGAACAUGCAGAGACUUCUGCUGGAGAAGGAGAACGACACAGGCCCACACGGCUGGUCGUGGACGGUGGGAAAGAACUGCUACACUGCGCAGUGGGUGAAGCAGAAGCAUGAAUACAGGAGCACACGGCCGUGGUGAUCACGAGAAACACAAGUAAUGAUAAUAAAAAACGUGGUUGAGAAA